AUGAUCGUCUACGCACCUGAUAUGCACAUUGUUCACCUAGAGAGUGGCCAUAAAUCUAUGGCGCCAACUAGUAAUAUCCGUCAAGUGACUUGGGAGCUAGUAAAUCACCCGGUACAUCCUCAAAAUGAAGGACCCAAAGUUGCCAAACUAACCUCAGUCACAUGGUUGGAUGUGGCUGCUACAAUUCGAGCGAGCCAGCAUCAAGAGGACAACUACCAAGUUCAAUGGCGAAUUAGCCUCAAUGGCCCUAGACCAGACCCUGUUAUUAUCGGCACAGAGUUCAGAGCAUUGGUGUUCGGCAAGGACGAGGACUCAUCAUCCGACGCUGUGUUACUGCAUCGAGAACCUGCCAUCUCGUUUAAGCCUAAUUCUGUGCAAGAGUUUAUGCAACAUACUGAUCGGCCCGGUACCGUGCCAGCACGACCUACGUCCAUUCGCGAGGCAGCUGAACUGGAGAUGAUCCCAGGAUACAACCCUGAUGUCCAAGGUUUUUUUACUUUGACUCUUCCUGGUCAAAUUCGCCUCAACCAAAUGAAUGGUGGAGUCAUCGUUCAAAUCCGUAACCAUAACAGUGUCAUUAAAUCUGGAUUGCAAAUUGAAUCAGUUCAGCUGGUUCAAGCCUAA